CAAAAGAAUGCGCAUGCGUACAUGCCUUUCAAAUUUUUUAACGGAUGACCUGAAAAAUAUGAAGUUUUGAUUUAAUUUAAAAUCUAUCUUGGAUAAUAUAUGAGCGUGAACUAGCCAUGGAUGAAAUGGGGAAAUUGAAAGUCGGUGUUAAUGUCGACAUACAAAGGACUGACGGAAGAAUACAUUCAGCAGUUAUAAGUGGAACUAAUCCAGAGUCUAAGAGUGUCACUGUAGAAUGGUUUGAGAAAGGAGAGACAAAAGGAAAAGAAAUUGAGAUAGAAGCUAUAUUUCUACUGAAUCCAGAUUUAGUCUCUGCCCCUGCACCUACAGGGAGGGAAAGCAAAUCAUCUAAGGGGUCGAAACCAGAUGGUGAUGGGCCAACAAAUAGACAACUUAAUGUGGUAAAGAAAGCUGCUGCUCCAUCAUCAGCCAAGUCAAGACUGAGUUAUCAAGCACAACAACAGCCAGUAUCUAAUGGACACCCAGUAAAUAAACAACAACAACCAGAUACAGAUCCAAAAGGGGCUGCAGCUCGUAGAAAAUCCAACUGUGUAAAAGCUGUUGAAGGUAUACAGAAGAAAAGAGAUGAACGAAGAGCUAACCAGGAAGCAGCUCGUCUCAAAAAUGAACGAGAUUAUGACAUGUCAGAUCCUAAUUGGGAGUUUUUGGCUAUGAUUAAGGAAUAUCGAGCUGGACUUGAUAUCCGACCCUUAACUUCUACUGAUCCUAUUGUUAACCACCAGAUUUGUGUCUGUGUCAGAAAAAGGCCAUUGAAUAAAAAAGAGCUUUCGAAGAAGGAUAUAGAUGUAUUAACAUUACCCAACAAAGAAAAUGUCCUAGUACACGAACCUAAAACAAAAGUAGACUUAACCAAGUUCUUAGAAAACCAAACAUUUAGAUUUGAUUAUGCCUUUGAUGAGAAUGCUACAAAUGAUAUGGUAUACAGAUUUACUGCCAAACCAUUAGUGGAGAGUAUAUUUGAAGGUGGAAUGUCAACAUGUUUUGCUUAUGGACAAACUGGGAGUGGGAAAACACAUACUAUGGGUGGAGAUUUUUCAACGAAAGGACAGCAGGACUGUUCCAAGGGUAUAUACUGUUUAGCUGCUAGAGAUGUGUUCAAACUUUACCAUUCCAAGUAUAAGAAAUCAGAUCUGACAGUACAUUCAAGUUUCUUUGAGAUUUAUAGUGGCAAAGUGUUCGAUUUAUUGAAUAAGAAAUUAAAAUUACGAGUAUUAGAAGAUGCCAAAGCCCAAGUUCAAGUGGUCGGACUUAAGGAAGAGGCUAUAGACAGUGUAGAAGAUGUUCUACGACUUAUACAACAUGGUAAUAAUGUACGGACAUCAGGACAGACGUCAGCCAAUCAACAUUCUUCUAGAUCACAUGCAGUAUUCCAGAUCUUUGUACGGAAAAGGAGUAAUGGUAGAUUGCAUGGGAAAUUUUCUUUGAUAGAUUUAGCAGGUAAUGAACGAGGUGCUGAUACAUCAAGUUCUGACAGACAGACAAGGAUGGAAGGGGCAGAAAUCAACAAAAGUUUGUUAGCAUUAAAGGAAUGUAUAAGAAAAUUGAGUCAGAAAGGAGCUCAUCAACCCUUCAGAGCUAGUAAGCUAACUCAGGUCCUUAGGGAUUCAUUUAUUGGAGAGAAUUCAAGGACAUGUAUGAUUGCUAUGGUAUCACCAGGAAUGAGUUGUUGUGAACAUACAUUAAACACACUACGCUAUGCUGAUAGAGUAAAAGAACUUGGUCCAGGAGGGCCAGUAGAGGGGAAACCAGCUGAAGUAGCUUUACCCAACAACUAUAACCUUGGACCAAUGUCUCCUCAAAACAGUGAUCUGGUCUUACUGAGAACCACAAAUCAAGAAGAGGUUACUGAUGAUAUGUUGACAUUCCAUGAAGCUGUAAAUCAUAUGCAGGAACUAGAGGAGGACAUUAUAGACGAUCAUAAAACACUAAUAGAGAGUACCCAAAAGUGGACGACAGAAGAUAAAAAACUUGCAAAAAUGACAGAUGAUGUGGAUUAUGACGUUGAAGCUUAUGCAAAACAAUUAGAUACAUUAUUAGCAAGAAAGAUACAGGCUCUUACACAGUUACGAGAAAAGGUAGCAGGUUUUAGAAAAGAAAUACAAGAAGAGGAAAAUCUAAGUAAAAACAUGAAAGCUAAGAAGAAAUGAACAAUCUGCUAAAGGACCAGUCAUUAUGCAAUCUGUCAUCUUACUCAGUAUUCCUAAUGAUACAGCGCCAUCAUGUGAUCAGUCACAUGUCAUCAAACUGUCAAAUCAUGUGAUGAUUGAGAGAGAGGGAGAAAGAGAGGUUGUUCAUCUGUGAUACUUUAAGCUUAUUUUGUAGUCAAAUACAAUCAUCUAGAUUGGUACAAUUUUUCUGCUAUAACACACAAUAUUGUAUCACAAUCAUAUGUUGUAGUAUAAGUAAAGAUCAUUCUUAAGGUAUAGUGUCAAAUAAGUAUGCUUAAGUUCUGAAGAAAGAUCAACAGUUUCAUCUGGAAUAAUAUAAAACUGUUAUAAUCUUAUAUUUUUACAAGAAGUCACAAGAUCUAUUGCUGCAAAAUCUUCUUACUAAAUGGAGUUCAUGAUUUACUAUGUAAAUGUAUACAUUGUCAUAUUAGGAUUUAUUUAUUGUGUAUAUCUCAAGACUGUCACAUAAUCUUGAUAUUUAUAUUACAUUAUUUUUUAGAUUUUAUUUGAAUGUUAGAUCUAUGCAUUUAUUUUAUAUGUUCUGUCUCUGUUAAGUUUCAGGUAGAGCUUGUAUUCUCUUUUUCAGUAUUUAUGAUCUAUUUUUGUAACCAAAUAUUUAUUGUGUCACACACUUACAUUUAAUGUCCAAGACAAAACUUGACUAUCUGUUCACACAGUACAAUAUCAGUAUUGCAGCAAACUUUUCUUGCCAUAAAUCUGAGGUUUCUGCUCAGGUUUUGAGUGCUUGUUGUAAUGACUAGAUAGAAGAACACAAUCGAAACCAUUUUUUUUUCUUCAUUAUUAUGCAUCACAAUAAUAUCAAAUAUUAUUUUUGUUUUGACAAUAAGGGCUUAUAUAAAUGUCUUCAUGUGCGAUACCUCAAUUAGAUAACACCAGAAAAUUCAAGGCAGAAUUUGUAAAAACAUUUGAUGUAAUUUGUAUUCAUGAAGCUUGUAAAUGAUCCCUAUAGCUAGUCAGAACAUCUGUUUAAAUGUUUUCUGUAAUGUUAAAAUAAAUUACAAACUCUUCGUUUUGACAUUUUACUGAGCAAACAUUGUCCUAUGAACAUCCCGGAUUUUAAUUUGGAGAUUUAUACAACUUUAUGAUUUCUUCUUAUUUCAAGGAGCCCCAAAAAUGUUAAUAUUUCGUGGGAGUGCCACUAUUAAUGAUGUAAAAUUAUUUCUUGGGGAUGCGACUAUUAAGGAUUUAAAAUUAUCUAAUGGGGACGCAACUAUUAAGGAUUUAAGAUAUUUGCAUAUUAAAUGUAUAUAUUCAGUGAUAAGGAUGUAUAUAUUGUAUUAUUUUGUACAGAGAGUCCAUAUAGAGUAAUGUAAUCAGCAUGGCUACUGUCGUUGUCUUGAAAUGCUAUAGAUUUACACAAUAAUAUGUGAUUUUAAAGUUGCUUCAUUAUUCAUUAAGUUAUGGUCCUUGUCAGUACAAAAUUCAUCUGUAUGUACUCGUUUCAAAUCAGAGCAAAUUGAAAAUCAUAUCUACAUGUUGAUUCCAUUUAUAUUUUCAAUUUGGUUGUUGCCCUUUGUGAUAUUUAAAACUAUAUAUAGUAUGAAUUCUGUUUGUUUUGUUUAUAAUAAUCAUACUGACUUCAUUAGAAUUCAUUCAUUCAUUGGGGAGUAUAUUUCUGGAAAGGUAUUUAUUAUAACAUAUUCAAUAUACUGUAAUAAUAUAUCAAGCGGUUCAAAUUAAGAGUAUUUUGUUGAUAAAGGGAAGGUGAAUAUUGAAUAUCCUUUUCAUAGCUUUCACAUCCUAUUGAAUACAGACAAAAAAACAUCGUCAUUCAUUUGAGACUGAACACUCCAUGUUAUAGAAUUGCACUCCUACUGUUCCAGAAAUACACUCCCAAUUAUAAUUGCUUGUUAAAUCUUUCCUUGUUUUUGUUUACCUAAUUUAAACCAUAGAUACCAAUAACCAACCACAUUUCUGUAUAUAUUUUUUGUGAGCUUUAAAAGUUGUCCCAUCUACAAUUUAACUUAUCCUGUAAGUAAUGGUCAGUGUUCUCAUUAUAGAACGACGACCUUUUUCUUUGGACAAGUGUCAAAACCAACAUCUUUAGGUAUUGUAUAAAAUUGAUUUACAUACUGAAACAACUUAAUUAAAUAUUCAUUUCUACUGGUAAUAUGUUUAUAACAUUAAAAAGAUAUAAAAUUAUGUACUUUUCUCAUAAAGGGGCAUUAACUACCAGUUUGACAAAAAUUUAAGAUACUUUUCUUUUUGUUUCAACUAUUAUUAAAUGCUGUAAAGCUAUUAAACAUGUUAUAUUUAUGUUUGUAUUGGGUUGUAUGACCACCAGAAAAGAUGACCAUGAGAAAUGAUUUAAAUUGUUAAUUAGAUGGUGUCUAGGCUUAAAUACCCACACAAAUAUUAUACCUAAAUGAUUCCUGUUAACAUAUUUAUGGUAUGAUAUGAUUGAAUGUCAUUUGCUCUUUUUCCAUUGUUUUUAUUACAUUUAACUUAUUUUAUAUACAUUUUUUUAGUAGCAAAGUUGUCAUAGAUUCAGUACAUCUAACAGUGAACCCAUUAUUUUAAGUUCCAUGUUAAUUCAGUAUAUGUUUGAGUAGGCCAGGUUCAUCUAUUUUAUGUUAUAUACUAUUUCAUCCUGUAAUCAGUUUUAAGGAAUUAAGGAAGAAUUGAAAUUCAUUCUUGUCCAGACUAAUUAUUCAAGGUGAUCUGAUAAACAUGGAGCUUCUCUCAUUUAACUUAUUAGAUCUAAAUGCUUGUAUGUUUUGCAGUAUAUAAGAUGUUCCAUUAAGAACAGUUCUUGUCUUUCAGUCUUUGUAUUUUGUGAUUAGAUGAUAAGCUUUACUGCCACCUUUUAUUUUGACAGUAAAAUGAUUUUUGUUUAGAUGGCUGUGUACCAUGCAGUACCAUAAACUCACAAACAUAAAUUGUAAUGACAAUUUGUCCGUCCAUAUUUUAUAGAUUUUGGUACUGGAUGAAUGCUCAAUGAACAAAACUGAUAAAAGAUCAAAGUUUGCAAUAUUUCUAAAUAAGUUUUAUUUCCAGUUGUGUCAAUGCUGGUAUGCAAAUUAAAAUGAUAUGACCAAUUGAGUAGGGCAUUAUUAUGCACUCUUAUUCCAGAAUUUAUUGUUUACUCCACACAACUUGUAUAUGUGUGUCAAUAUAAAUGAGAUUUAUUUAUAGAAUUGAACACAUGCAUCUCAGACUUUAUAUCGAUUUCUGUACUAUAUGAUCUUUAAAACUCCCCACCCCAGUAUUUCUUUUUUUUUUAUUAAAUAUUAAUAGCAUGAAAAAGAAAUGGUACUAAGAAAGAAUGCUGCAAAGAUUUUAGAUUUUUGUUUAAAUAUUUGGCAUGAACCAAUAUGUAACAUACAAAAAGGGACUUGUUUGGUUUCUAUGUAAAGCCAGCUGUUGAUGUUUUUGAGGAAAGUUAUGAUAUUGAAGAAGUGUAUUGCUGUCAUUAUAAUAAUGCAAUAAUUCUGAUUUUGUUUGUCAGGAAUUAUUAUUUCUUGCUUCUGUCACGAGACAAUACAACAUACUUGUUGAAA